UUUUUCAACAUUCUUCAUAUAACUAAAAGAUUCAGAGUGAGAGAGAGAGAGAUGGAUGGUAGGGGAGGAUGUUGCAUAGCUAGAUAUGGCGGUUACGGCGGUCGCUACGGUCUUUCCAAAGCGGACCGAAUCAUGCUCCGGUUCCGUCCUAUUGCUCCUAAACCGGCCAGCGACGGCGGAGGUGCAUCUCCCGGCGCUGGAAAGUAUGGUUCCACUACAACGAGUGGUGGCAGCUCCGAUGUUUCCUGUAAACCCGGGAGAGGAAAGAGGAAGCAUCAGAAGGAGAGUUCAGGUGGUAACUCCCGGCGGUGCAACCGGAGGAAGGUUUCCGACAGAGGCGUUGCUGCUACUACAACGGCGGUUACGUUGUCUCUUUUACCAGAGACGCCUGAUAAAAGAGCUUUUCCAGAUCUGAACGUUUCUCCGGUGGAGAAUGAUCAGAAGCGAAACGGUCCGUUGUGGCUGAGUUUCAGCGGCGGAGACCAUGGGAUGUUAACGCCGUACAAGAGUGCCGAGAUAUCACGAAGGGCGGUGGUGGUCUCGUCGUGUGUGACAGUUGAGCGUGUGACCGACGCUUGGAUCAACGGUCAUGGGUUGGGGAGGACAGAUGAGGAGAAGAAAAUGAAUCUCGUGAGGGACACGUGUCCUGGGUUUAUAUCGGACUGUGUAGGAAGAGUAACGUGGACCAAUGAGGCGUAUAGGAAGAUGGCCAAGGAAGGUGCACCGGGCAGGAGCUAUGAUAAUUUUCACGUGAACGUAAGGUUGGUGAUGAAGGAGAGGCCGAUGCUUACGUACCCGGCGUUCACAUGCAGAGUGAGACUACAGUACACGUGUCAAGAUCGUGAAAGAGGAUCAGUCACGGUGCCAUGUGACGUGUGGAGGAUGGACGGUGGAGGGUUUGCGUGGAAGCUUGACGUUAAGGCCGCUUUGUGCCUGUAAUGUGUACUGGUCGCCGUCGAAUUCACAAUGCUAACCAUCGAUGAACGGUCCCGAUCAUAUACACAUGGUUCCAUAGGACUAAAUAAAGCAAGUGCUAAACUUUCGUUAUUUUUAUUUCCACCUUGAACAUAUGUUGCCUUUUUUUAGCUCGCUUGUUUGUUAUGGUAAUGGUUCUCUCUAUUGGCCUAUGAUGCUAGUUUGCUAAUCUCAGAUUUAUGUUUUAAAUUAAAAGUUGUAUUUACAAGGUUUGAAACGUUAUAAACAAGA